AUGACUAAUUUUGAAGAAAAUGUGAUGGUUGCUUUGUAUUGGGGUGAUGAAAUAAUUUCUGAAAUAAGCGGAUUUAGAUACAGCGAAGAUAAGGAUAACUUUGAUUUGUGUAAUGAUGCACAUGCUCAAAUUUAUGAUGAAAUUUUGGAGGAAGAUGAACCUUCAGAAGAUGAUGGAGAAAGUGAAACCUUAGAAAGUGAAUCUGAUGAAGAUACCAAUGAUAGUGAAGAUUUACCUCAAAAUGAUAUUGGUGUAAAUCUUCAUAAUCAAUUUGGUCAAAAUGUCAUUUCUAAGGUUCAUGAGAUAUUUGGUCAUCAAGUAAUAUAUCGGAAAGCGUGGCUUGGACGUCAACGAGCAUUUAAAUUGGUGUAUGGUGAUUUUCAGAAAUCCUUUAGUGAGCUUCCUAAGUUUUUUGCAUCUUUUCAACACUUUAACCAUGGAACAAUUGUAGAAUGGAAACACGAAGAGUCAAUGAGUUUGUUAAAGGUAAAAACGUUUAAAUUUGUAUUUUGGGCUUUCAAGCCAUGCAUUGAUGGAUUCCGAACUUGUCAUCUAGUUAUUUCAGUAGAUGGAACCCAUUUGUAUGGUAAAUAUGAGAUAAAAUUAUUAAUUGCUGUUAGAAUUGAUGGAAAUGAUAAUAUUCUUCCUCUAGCAUUUGCUAUUAUUGACAGGGAAUCGAAAGAGGCAUGGAAAUGGUUUUUUAGAAAACUAAGCGCACAUGUAAUAAAGGAUAGAGAAGAUGUAUGUAUUAUCUCUGAUAGGGCAAAAGGAAUAUUAGCUAGUUUAUCGGAGUUGUGGCAAUUCCAGGAGCCUCGGGCCUUUCAUCAAUUUUGCGUAAGACAUCUUAAGAGUAACUUUCAAUCUUAUUUUCCAAACAGGAAUCUCAGUGAUCUGAUGUGGAAUGCUGCAUCGGCUCAUCAAGUAAGGAAGUUUGAAGCUUUGAUGUGGGAAAUCAGGGAAGAAAAUGAAGAAGCAUAUGAAUAUCUCAUGCAAUUUCCAUUGGACAAAUGGACGAUUAGCCAUGAUGAUGGAAAAAGAUGGGGAACGUUGACAACAAAUCUUUCAGUCUUUCAACGGCCUUAUAAAGAAAGCUCGAGGAUUGCCUGUCACUGCCAUGGUGAGACUUUCAUUGGAAAUAUAUCCACUGGGAUAUAUGAGGUUAAAUCUAUUCAAGUUGAUGGUACUGGUGGUAAUCCUCAUCGUGUUUCAGUAAAUGAUAAAAAAUAUGAUUGUGAAAAAUGUGCUAAUUUGUACUUUCCGUGUUCACAUGUCAUGAAGGUUACUGAAAGAAUGAGAGGGCUAGCUAGAAAUUUUGUUAGCGAGCAUUUCACAACAAAGAAUUAUGUUGCUACAUAUUCUAGGUCAUUCUCACCAGUUGGGCACGAGGCAUAUUGGCUAUCUCCAAAUUUUAUAAUGAGAAGUAAUGAAUUCUAUCGUCGUCCUAAUCGACAAAGGACAACUAGAGUACCUAAUGAGAUAGAUCGUGGUCCUGCAGUAUAUGGGUGA